AUGGCUCUGCGAUUUCCUAAAGGCGAUUUUUACAUAAAAUCUGCUACUUCACCUUCAGGUACUUCCACACCUGACUCUUGUCAAAACUUAGUCGUUGAUGUUGAACGUGGAUUUUUCAUGAUUUGGAGUGCGAUUGAAGAUGGAUCAAAAGUUUCGGUUGCUCCACAAAGAAGUAACUUAGAACAUGAUGCUUAUCAACUUUGGCAUUAUGAAGAAGGUUGGUUGAUUAAUAAACAAACAAACUUAUGCCUGGAAGCUGAAAACAAAGCAGGACAACAACUUCUCAGUCUUUAUCACAGGAAAAGCUCAAAUCAAGCUAAUAAUCAGAGGUGGUUUCUUACCAAGGAAGGACGUAUUGCAUUACAAAAUCGACCAAAAUGUGUUCUUGAAGUUAAAGAAUCCAGCAAGCAUAUUGUCCUUGUAAAUUUAUUGAAAAAUUUCAAAGAUACUUCGGCUUCUCAAUUUAUUAUGUUGCCGACCUUAUUUUAUUCGGGUAAUAAUGAAGAUAUUAUCGCUCAAACAAAGUUCAUUCAAAAUGACAUGAAUCCAGUAUGGAAUGAAGUUCACUAUCUUCCUGUUAGAGAUCUUGGUGAAAAGUUUAUGUUGGAGAUGAUGAAUUAUAAUACUUUUAUAAAAGACAAACCACUUGGAAGUUGCCAUCUUGAAGUUACUCAUGAACUUGUUAGAGAAGUUUCUGAGGAUGUUUAUGAAGGCACUAGUGGUAUCGAUGUCUGGAUAAAACUUACUAGACGGGGACAGAUUCAUUAUAAAGCUAAAUUUUUCCCCGUGGAACCUUUUCCAAAACCUUCUCUUGAUUUCCUUGCCAAUCUUAAGGAGAAACCUUUUGAUCGUUCAACGUUUUACGUUCUUAUCACCUUACAAGCUUCAGAUGGUAGUUUUCCUCUUUCUGACAAAUUAGCCAAUCUAUUUGGUUAUGAAUCUCAAAAACAACUUUUAGAAUUGUAUAUAUGUCAAUGUAAAAAAGAUCAUAUUUUAAAGAAUGAUCCCACCUUGUGGACCACUAGCAUGAUUUUAUGGUUUUUACGUUUUAUGCUAAAGGAUUAUAGAAGUGAAUGGGGUUGUGUUUAUGAACGUGCUGAACAAUACAUCAGCAAAUCAAUUAAUGAUUUAGAUAUGGAAGAGAUUGUGGUUGCUACUGGUAGAAAAGCUGUCCGUAAAAGAUUUAUGUUAUAA